UAGGGUUUAUGGUUUGACUAGAACAAAUACUGAAAUGGGUUGUGAGGUUUCAAAGUUAUGUGCAUUUUGUUGUGUUUCUGAACCUGAAGGAUCCAAUCAUGGAGUCACAGGAUUAGAUGAAGAUAGGAGAGGUGAAGGGAAUGAUUUGCCUCAAUUUCGUGAAUUCUCAAUUGAGACAUUAAGGAACGCAACAUCAGGAUUUGCUACAGAGAAUAUAGUAUCAGAGCAUGGUGAGAAAGCUCCAAAUGUUGUGUAUAAAGGGAAAUUGGAUAAUCAAAGACGUAUUGCUGUUAAAAGGUUUAAUAGGAAAGCUUGGCCUGAUUCUCGUCAGUUUCUGGAGGAAGCUAAAGCUGUUGGUCAAUUAAGGAACUAUAGAAUGGCAAAUCUUCUUGGAUGUUGUUAUGAAGGUGAAGAGAGACUUCUUGUUGCUGAGUUUAUGCCUAAUGAAACUUUGGCUAAGCAUCUUUUCCAUUGGGAGUCACAACCGAUGAAGUGGGCGAUGCGACUAAGAGUAGCUUUACAUAUUGCUCAAGCUUUAGAAUAUUGUACUGGCAAAGGUCGUGCGCUCUACCAUGACUUAAAUGCUUAUAGAGUUCUCUUUGAUGAUGACUCAAAUCCAAGACUUUCGUGCUUUGGUCUGAUGAAAAAUAGUAGAGAUGGAAAGAGUUAUAGUACCAAUCUGGCUUUCACUCCUCCCGAGUAUCUCAGAACAGGUCGUGUAACACCAGAAAGUGUGAUGUACAGUUAUGGAACUCUAUUGCUUGAUCUUCUUAGUGGAAAACACAUUCCUCCAAGCCAUGCUCUGGACCUCAUACGGGACAGGAACAUUCAAAUGUUGAUCGACUCAUGCUUGGAGGGUCAAUUUUCAAGCGAUGACGGUACUGAACUAAUACGGUUAGCUUCUAGAUGCUUGCAGUAUGAGCCCCGAGAGCGGCCUAACCCGAAGUCUCUAGUUACUGCAAUGAUCCCUCUGCAGAAGGAUCUUGAGACUCCUUCUCAUCAACUGAUGGGCAUACCAAGCAGCGCCUCAACGACACCCCUUUCACCACUCGGAGAAGCAUGCCUUAGAACAGAUCUAACUGCCAUACAUGAGAUUCUUGAAAAGCUUAGCUAUAAAGAUGAUGAGGGUGCAGCCACAGAGCUUUCGUUCCAGAUGUGGACCAAUCAGAUGCAGGACUCGCUAAACUUCAAGAAAAAGGGUGAUGUUGCUUUCCGACAUAAAGAAUUUGCAAAUGCCAUCGACUGCUAUUCUCAGUUCAUUGAGGGAGGGACAAUGGUUUCUCCUACGGUUUAUGCAAGAAGAAGUCUGUGUUACCUGAUGAAUGAGAUGCCCCAAGAGGCGCUGAAUGAUGCAAUGCAAGCUCAAGUGAUAUCUCCUGCUUGGCAUAUCGCAUCCUAUCUUCAAGCUGCUCUUGCCUUGAACAAAUCUUCUGCAGAAGUUUGGUCACUUUCUGAUGGGGAAGAGGAUGAGUUUAUGUUUUAUCGGGCGAUUAACUCCUCGUGCAAGAAACCUCCAAAACCGGGAAACAAGGCGAAGGAGAGACAUGGUUUCUUCAAUCAGGGAUCCAAGGAAAGAAGAAGAAGGAACAUAUCUGAUGCUGAAAAGUUUUCAGUUGAGCAAUACUCUUCUGGUGGUUUUUUCGGGGUACGGUUGAACACGAAUGGGAGACAUCAGCAACAACAACGAUUAGCUAAGCCUUUAGGUACAGAGAGAAACAUGGAACCAAGAUUGCAAAAGUCAUUCUCUGCAAGAAUGCAACUCCCGUUUAUGCCUUCUUCAAAGGGAAGCAAUGAGUCUUCUUCUACUAAUACUUCAAGCUCAACGAGCUGGUUUAACCGCAUCAAGAAAAUGUCCAAUCCAUUUUCAAACCGAAAUCCUCUGUUACCAAAAUCAGGUGAAGAAAUGUUCUCAAGACACAAGUCAUUGAGAAAGUCUUCACCUGUUCAUCUACAUGCUCAUCUCAGUAUGGAAUAUGAACUUGGGAUGCCUGUUUUCAUCUUCUCGCUAGACCGACCGGAUGAUGUAUAUAUGGCCAGUACAAGAAUGGAUCAUAAUGACUCUCGGUUCGUCUAUUCGUUUCGCUACAUUGGUGGUAGAAGCAAUAAGAAUCUCGGUGAAAACCGGUUGAAUGUUUCAGGUAAGGAAUCUUCACUAAUAGGCCAGAUGCAAGUUUCAACUCAAAUCUGCUUAGAGCAAGAACCAUAUGAAGAAGAUCUUGUGGAAUCAACUGUGUCUGAAUUCGUUCUUUUCGACAUCGCACGUGCAAGGAGAAGUGGCUUCAAGCAUGAAAACCUGUCAAGACAGAACAGUUUCAGACGAGGAUCGAUAUUUUCAGAAACAGAGAACUCUGCAUCUGAUCAAAUACAAGAAAAGCUCCCAAGGCAGAACAGUUUCAACCGAGGAUUGACUCGUAGUCUAUCAAAACGUUCAGAGAACACUGCAUCUGAUCCUUGGCCUGUCUCAGAUUUACAUCCAGGACUAGAGAUUGCAGCAAUUGUUAUUCAAGACUCUUCUACAAACAGUAAACUACCGAGUCGAGCGAUGAAAGUCAUAGUUCCAACAGGAAACCAUGGUUUGCCUGAUACCGAAAACUCAUGUCCUACACCGAUACUGCAAAGAUGGAGAUCAGGUGGAGGCUGUGACUGUAGCGGAUGGGACAUGGGAUGUCACCUUUUUGUCCUUGAAUCCCCAGAACUCAUCAACAAUCAUCAUGGUUUGGAACUUUUCAUAGAGGGUGGGAAAGAGAUCACACCAGCAAUCACAAUGGUGUUUAUCAGAGAAGGACAUUACGAGGUAAACUUCCACGCGAAGCUAUCAGCUUUACAAGCAUUCUCAGUCUGUGUCGCCGAGCUUCACAGAAGUGAAGUCUCAAGAAUAGAGAGAAACAUCUCUUUGUCUAGAUGCAGUUCACUCAGAGAGCUUAUCGAAAUGGAAACUCCGGUGAAUCCAAGAGAAGUCCCUUCUUCUUUCAUGCCUAAUGUCACCUUCUCUCCAAUUUCAAGGGUUUAAGGCACAUCAAACAGUAAUCUCUAGCUUCCUCUUAUGUGCAUAUAUAGUCAUUAUACAUACCAUACAAAUAAGUAUCACCCGGAAUCUAGCUACAAAUAAAUAUCAAAAAUGUUU